CCAGAACCAGAACCAGAACCGGCUCCAGGCAGGGAACCGCUCAGACGUCCAGAGGGAGCAAAGAUCAGCGGCUCAGACGCUCAGGAAGAUAAAACAAGAUGAGGGUCAGUCUGCAAACGCUGAUAACAUGCCUGUUGUUAUCAUCAGCAUCAAUACUGACAUCAGAGACAACAACACCAACAAUUGAAGCAACAACACCGCCACCACCAACAACACCACCCCUAACAACACCAACAACAAUGACACAGACAACUGUAGCAACAACAACACCAACAACACCAACAACAAUGACGUCUAGACAUUCGUCAACCUCAUCAUCUCAAACUGAGAGCGGCACUACGGGCGUUUCUGCAUCUUCAUCACCACCAUCAUCAUCCACAGUGACCUCAGAUGCUACAACUAAAAUCGUCACCCACAUAACCGAUCAAGCAAAUGACACCACAACCAGCACCACCAACACCACAACCAGCACCACCAACACCACAACCAGCACCACCAACACCACAACCAGCACCACCAACACCACAACCAGCACCACCAACACCACAACCAGCACCACCACAACCAGCACCAACACCACAACCAGCACCAGCACCAUCAACACCAGCACCACCAACACCACAACCAGCACCACCAACACCACAACCAGCACCACCAACACCACAACCAGCACCACCAACACCACCAACACCAGCAACACCACCAGCUUCUCUACCACCACAACUGGUUCCACAACCAGUAAAAUGGCCUCAGAACCACCAGGCUCAUCCGGCGCCCCAACCACCAGGGCUGAUGCUGCCUCUACCGGCAGUCCGCCGCCGGAGAAGGAGGAACAGAAGUCAAAGACACUUAGCCCAGGAACCGUCGCUGUUAUCGUGGCCAUUUUCCUGCUGCUGGUUCUGCUGGUGCUGGGCGGAUUAUACCACCACAAGAUCAGACGGGCGUCGUACGGCCCCCUGCUGGACAGGCAUGAACACGGCUCUUUAGGAAACUUCACCAACCCCAUGUACGACCCCUGAUGACCCCUGAUGACCCCGGGUGACCCCGGGUGACCCUGGAUGAACCCACAAAUCCUGCACUCUGAGCCGUUUGAGGAUUACGAACGUCUCUGCUAUAGAAACACUGGUUAAAUGGCAUUUUUUUUGUUUUUUGAAGUUAAGAACAACAUUUUUUAAGUUUUUGCACUGAAAGUUGAAGUAGGAAUCAUAAGCUGCAUAAAAAGGUCAAAAAAACAAAAAACAAAAAAAAACAGCAUCAAAAUCAAUAAAUUAAUUAUUUUUAGCUGGGAACUUAUUUUGUUUUUACAUAAAUAUUGUCUAACUACAUGAAUUACUUUAAGGAAAACUGUGAGAUAAAAAACAAAUGAACUAAAAAAAGAAUUAGUUAAUUUAAUUUUUAGUGAAAGUAUUUAUUUUCCAAUAAAUUGUGUUUAGUAAUGGUAACUAUUUUAAGAUCAAACUAAGAAUUUCUGUUUUAUAUCUUAUUUGCAUUUUUGUGAUUUUAAAAAUCAAAUAAAUAGACGAAUAACUUAAUUCAUGUUUAAGUUAAUUUUAAUUCUGUUUAGUUUUUCCUGUUUUGAAUAUUUACAGCCGUUUGUUUUGUAAUUUUAACUAAUGUUGCUGGUUUGUGUAAAGAAUAAUUCUGUUUUGAUUGUGUGAAAUUAAAUUGUUCAACUAAAAAUAGUGAUUAAAACCAUAAUGUGAAAAAGUUUUUCUUUUUCAUUUAAAAUGGUUUCAUAAUCAGAAUACAGUCUAUUUAGCCGAAUAAGUUAUUAAAACAUAAAGUGAAAAGUGGGGAAAUUAAUAACUAAACAGUUUUAUUGUUUUCAGAUAUCAGAUUAAAAAUUAACCUCAAAAUAUUUCAUAAUCAGAGUUAACCACUUAAUAAUAAGUACCACGCUAACAACAAGCUAGCUAAAUAGCUUAUCGCUAAGUUAGCUACCUGCUAACAAUGCGGCUAGCUAACUGGACAGAUUCAGUAUUUCUCUCUAAAAGAUAAUCCUGCAGAAAACAUUUCAGCCAUCUUGACGACACUCGGAUGAUAACGCACAAAAAUGAUCACAAACACACCAGCAUGUUUAUCUUUCAAUGCCUCAACAAGAAAGCAAUAAACUUUUACAGUGGUCUAGUAAAAGCCCGAUUUAAACCUGAUUAAAAUGCUUUGGUUUGACCUUAAAUAGGCUGUUCAUGAUGGAAAAUCCCCCAGUUUGGUUGAACUGAAACAGUUCUGAGAAAAUCCUUC